CCGGCUUCUACAUUCUUCUCCAAAGUUGAGGAUCCCUUUCCUGUCCCCUUAAACUCACUACCGCCUGAGGUGUCAUGGCCCCCAGGCCAGGGGGCGAGUGGAGCUCCGCCCUGUCCCACCUGGCGCUGGGAGCAGUGUCUCUGCACGCAGCCCUGAGCACUGCCCAGGCAAAUCGAGGGGCCGCUGCUGGUUUCUUGCUCCAGGCCCUGGCCGCUGCCACCAUGCUGGCUUCAGGGCUGGGCACAGAUGAAGACUGUCUUGCUGGAGCCUGGGUGGCCACUGUCAUUGGCCUGCCCCUUCUGGCCUUCGACUUCCACUGGGUGAAUGGGGACUGCUCCUCCGCCAACCUGCUUCUGGGAGGAGGCAUGGUGCUGGCAGUGGCUGGCGACCACCUUGGUGCUGAGGGCCGCUCUGUGGCUGGUCAGGCAGUGGUGCUGGUGGUCGCAGUGACUAUCCUCAUUGUGGCCGUUUUCACAACCAACUCUUAUGGAAUGUGGGGGGGUGUGAUGCUGGGUGCUGCAGGUCUUCUGAGCCGGCUGGAGGAGGACAGACUGCUGCUGCUGCUGCCAAAGGAGGACAUCUGUCGCUGGGCCCUGGCAGGGGGCAGCUGGGCCUACCACCGGGCCCUGCACACACAGCGCCUACAGUGGGAGUGAUGGCUGGAGACUGCAAGGCGAGGCUUCUGCCCAGCUACCACCUUCUUGCGAGUGAUAAACUCUCCUUCCUAAUGCCAGCUUUCUGCAGAUUGACUGUCUCCCUCUCUGGCUCAGUGUGAGGACUUGCCCAAAACAAAAAUGAGGGGGACCGGGUCCCAGGCACGUUCUCAGGCUUGAUUUUGGGCAGGCCAUGGUUGUGGAUCCAGAGAGAGGCUUGGUCUCCAAUAAACCUUAGGGAUUUAGCAGGAA